AUCGCCGGCGUGAGGAGACCAAAUUGGCAAAGUUCCCUGAGAGAGAGAGAGAGACAACACCUUCGCAUUCGCUAACUUUCUCUGUAACCGCCAUGGGUAUUAAGGGUUUAACGAAGCUUUUAGCCGACAAUGCGCCUAGUUGUAUGAAAGAACAGAAAUUCGAGAGCUAUUUUGGUCGGAAAAUCGCUGUUGAUGCUAGCAUGAGCAUUUACCAAUUCCUCAUUGUUGUUGGAAGAACUGGGACUGAAAUGCUCACUAAUGAAGCUGGUGAAGUCACUAGUCAUUUACAAGGGAUGUUUAAUCGAACGAUUCGUCUUCUUGAAGCUGGAAUUAAGCCUGUCUAUGUUUUCGAUGGGAAGCCCCCGGAGUUAAAGAGACAGGAACUGGCUAAACGUUACUCCAAGAGAGCUGAUGCAACUGCAGAUUUGACUGGUGCAAUUGAGGCAGGAAACAAGGAAGACAUUGAGAAGUACAGCAAACGAACUGUGAAGGUGACAAAACAGCAUAAUGAUGACUGCAAAAGACUCUUGAGACUCAUGGGGGUGCCUGUUGUUGAGGCCACUUCCGAGGCUGAAGCGCAAUGUGCUGCACUUUGCAAGUCAGGAAAGGUUUAUGGUGUGGCUUCUGAAGAUAUGGAUUCCUUGACUUUUGGAGCUCCUAAGUUUCUUCGCCACCUGAUGGAUCCUAGCUCCAGAAAGAUCCCUGUCAUGGAAUUUGAAGUUGCUAAGAUUUUAGAAGAGCUUCAACUUACCAUGGAUCAGUUCAUCGACUUGUGUAUAUUGUCUGGAUGUGACUAUUGUGACAGCAUCCGAGGUAUCGGAGGGCAGACUGCCCUAAAGCUCAUUCGCCAGCAUGGAUCUAUUGAGACUAUACUCGAAAAUCUAAACAAAGAAAGGUAUCAAAUACCUGAGGAAUGGCCAUAUAAUGAAGCUCGAAAACUUUUCAAAGAACCUGACGUAAUAACAGACGAAGAGCAGCUUGAUAUUAAGUGGACCUCUCCAGAUGAAGAGGGUAUAGUUCAGUUUUUGGUGAAUGAAAAUGGAUUCAACAUAGACAGGGUAACCAAGGCGAUAGAGAAAAUUAAAACUGCGAAGAAUAAAUCAUCGCAGGGCAGGCUGGAGUCAUUUUUCAAGCCAGUUGCUAACUCAUCCGUACCUGCUAAGAGAAAGGGUACCAAAUGCUUGCUCAGGCAGUAUAAACCAGCCAUCAGCAAUAAAGUCUCCUCUCUGCAUGCUUUUGGAUGGUACUCCUCCGAUAACAUUGUUAGCGUUAGGCUGUUCUCUCUAUCCCGGGCUUCCAACCUUUCGGUUCACAUGGCUGGAGGUGUCAUAGGCACAAGAAUCUGAAUAUCCGGUGAACAUACAGCUGUGAGCAGGAGACUAUCUUACGUACAUAGAACCAAGUUCCUCCAUUUUUAAGAUUCCUGGGAUCAAUAUAACACUCUACUUUGUGUUUCACAUGUUUCUAGAUAUGCAUCGAUCAUUUGGUGUUUAUGAACUGUUUCUUACUUGCUAUAGGAAAUCCCAGAGAGUACCACUAAAGGAGCAGCAAAUAAGAAAACCAAAGGAGCUGGUGGAAGGAAGAAGAAGUAAAUCACAGUCCUAGUUUAUAAGCUAGUACGCUUUCUGCAGAAAAGAUCUCAAGAGAAGAUCAAUAAACUGUGAUGGUAUUUCCUAGGUCUAAGUAGUCUGUUUGCUUUUUGUUUUUACCAUGUUUCUGUAAUGGUAGUUUAGUCUUUUACUUUCUCGAUGGUAGAAUAUUAAGUCAGGUCUGAACUUCAUUUGCAUCAUUAUGAUUUCUGUGAAAGUUCAUGAGUUGUCUUUUGACAAGGGAAAUGCUUGUGCUUGUGUUUUCAUGUGCUAAUUGUAGAAUUCAAUAUGAUGGAAAAGCUAGACACCAGGCUAAAUUAUGUAUUUUCUAUUGAUAUUACUUGGUUCAAGAGGAGCCAAUAACAAAGCUUUCAUCACAUAGUAAGAUAAAUGAAACAUAAUCACAUAAGAAAUUUUGUAUGGACUAAAAGAUUGCAGU